AUGGCUCGGCCCCAUCUCGUCACGCUCCCCUACGAGGUGCGCGACAUCAUCUUUCAGGAGUACUUCCGCGUGAAAGGAGGCUAUGUUUUCAGUAACGAAUCUGAAAGGCUCACCACCGCUGGCGGCCAACCGAUUGACUUCUCCUUGAUGUACACCUGCCGCUCCAUCGCAAACGACACCAAACAUCUACCUUUUGAAGUCAACAACAUCUCCUUCUCCACCCUCUUCUCACCCGACUUGAGGGCUUGGGCUGGUCGCCAUCAGUUCCUAUCCCAAUUUAUUCCCAUUCUGAAGGCGGAUCUUAUAUGUCUUCUCCAAGGCCCUACAAUGUCUCCCGAACUGGAAGAAGCACUAGAAGAAAAGUUCCCGCAUUUGAUGCCGUAUUUCAAGAAUGGUCUGGAGGAUGCCUAUCGCAGACGUCUCCGACGAGACCCUACUGUUCGUAAUGGCUGUGCCUUUCGAUACUGGAAGGAAAGUCGGCACACAAGCGAAAUCAUAAAAGACCUUGGCGAUGUGGAAGUAAGGGCAUAUGGUAAAAACACGUCUAUGGCGAGGGAAGCUAUCGCAUUCAGUCUCCGAUUCCUAGGAGAGCGUCGAUAUUUCGAACUGGCUCGCCUCCUCAACGAAGCAUUCCCUGACUGGAAAGGCUCCAACAAUCCGCAAUAUCUCAUGGAUCUAACCUUGGAUCCCUGGGAUAUCCCCUCCAAGGCCGUUCUUACAAGGAUCGGAAGCUUAUUGAGGGAUGAUGCGGUGUGGGGGCGUAUUAAGGAUUGGCACGAAGGAGUGCAGGCAAACUAUCGCUUUUCUGCCACUGCGGUUGCAAUCAGAUUCUUUCGUCAACUUUCUCGUGAGCAAAUGCGGCAUCUACGUGGUAUCACGCUCAUCGAGGACGAAUAUGCUGUUUGCUCCCCUUCAACUCACGCUAAUGGUCUCAUCAAAUUCUGCAAAGACAAUCCAAAGCUCAGAAUACAACGCCACCUCAAACUACGCCGCCGCAUCCCUGCCGUUAUCCAUCCUUGUUGGUAUAUGGCUGGAUACAGCUCUAUUAUUAAACCUCGCAGUGAGCGAAACCUCUACGAUGGGGAGUACAUUAGGCCCUUGCUUGCAAUUGACGGGAUAGGCACAUGGUUAGAAGAGGCAAUCACAUUGCCAGACGCCGGAAUGCCCCGCAACUCCUACACGCUUUGCUUCGAUGAAGAACCCGAUAAAGCUUAUUUUUCUAACAUAUUCCAGAACACCCUGCUUCGGAUACACGCUUUGAUUCUAGCAAGCCAACAGCUGCUUCGGAUGCGUCCUGACCAAUUCGAUAUGUGGUUUUCACUUCCCUAUCAACGUUGGCAGAGCGGCCACUUCUCAAAGGCAGUCAAGUACUUGAUAGAUCACCACUCUGACAGUAUUGACAGCUUCCCGCUCAUCUGCUCCAAUUUUCAUCCCGGCCAGCCUUUCGAUGUCAGAAGUUUUAUCCAAGAACGUCUUGAAUGGACAACACAUGAAUGGUUGGACGACCAGAUGAUAAAGUCUUUUCGUCUCAAACAGUGUGCUUCAACAUUUGGGAGCUGGAAUGACAAUUUAGAGUCUUUCUAUGAAUUCGAGAACCCUCGAGAAUUCCCUCCUUCAGAGAACAUGAUAGAAUCUUAG